AAGGGUUUUUUCGGAGUAAUAAUUUUCGAACUAUUUUUAGGAUAACGACGACGACGUUUUGGUUCCAUCUAUCCGCACUGGCGCACAGCAACCGCAAGCAAUGGUAAUGGCGGAAGAAAGUGAAAGUGUGCCCAAGAAGCGUUGGAGUUGCAACGCGAAAGAGGAGGCUCUUCUUGUCCAAUGCGCAGAGCUUGUGUUACCGUAUCUAACCCAGUCAGAACUCGCCAACGUCUCUUCCACCUGCAAAUCCCUCCUCAAACUCUCACGCGCCAUCACCCUGCGACGCGCCUCCGACGCUUCCAGAGCCUUCGAGACCCUUCCGGUCCCGUUUCUCAACACCAUCGACGCCCACCCCUACGCGCACUUCCUCUACACGCGCUCCCUCCUCCUCCCCUCCCCGCUCCCGCUCCUCCCUCGCCAGCCCUGGGGCUCUUCCGUGAUUUCCCCCUCCUCGCCGACUCACCUUCGUGCCGAAUCGGUGGGCUUCGUUGAUGCCUCUGGCCGGGCCGCGUCGGGCUGCGACUGCGAGGCGUGUGCGGGCCCCACGUGUCCCUGUGCUGGCCUGGAUGGCAUGGAUGACGUGGGCCGAGAGUGUGGGCCGGGCUGCCGCUGCGGGCCCGAGUGCGGGAACCGGUUCACCAGGAAUGGGCUUGCGGUAAAGGUGAGGAUUGUGAGAGAUGAGAAAAAAGGAUGGGGCUUGAAAGCGGACCAGUUCAUUGCUAAAGGAGAGUUCCUAUUUGAAUAUUCAGGUGAACUCUUGACAACCAAGGAGGCACAAAAGAGACAUCAACAUUAUGAUGAGCUGGCUUCACGGGGUGGUUUCUCUUCUGCUCUUUUGGUUGUAAGGGAACAUCUUCCUUCUGGGAAGGCUUGUCUGAGAUUGAAUAUCGAUGCGACGAGAAUAGGAAAUGUUGCACGGUUUGUGAAUCAUUCAUGUGACGGUGGUAAUUUGAGCACAAAGCUAGUUAGAAGUUCAGGAGCUUUGUUCCCCCGCCUCUGCUUCUUUGCUUCGAAAGAUAUCCAAGUAGAUGAAGAGCUUACUUUUAGCUAUGGAGAAAUCAGGAAAAGGCCUAAUGGGUUGCCAUGCUUUUGCAAUAGCCCUUCUUGCUUUGGAACAUUGCCCUCUGAAAACACUUGAAAGUUGAGAUACAUAGCUAUUCUAAAGAUGUAUUCUAUGUUAAUUGUCAAAGGAAUUUCGGUUUUAGGAAAGGGUAGUUUUUUUUAUAAAUUUGAUGAUAGGUCUUAACAGGCAUCACAAAUAUCCUUGUCAUUAGAGCUGCUAAAAAAAAACUAGCUUCACAUACGUCGACGGUUAGUGAUGGCGGCAACGAUGAUAAUAACUGUCAUGGCGAUGAAGGUGGUGACAAUCAGGAUGAUGAUAUUGAUGGUGAUGAUAAUAAAAAUGAUAGUUGAGAUAAUUUAGGACAUGACUUGUUUGGUGAAUUUUCUGGAAAUUUGAUGGUUAUAUUAUAUUUGAAUUUUUGGAUA